GAAUAUGAGUUAAUUUCAGGUUCAACAGAUAAAACAGUGAUUGUUUGGCAGAGGAAAACUACUGAAGACUAUCAAGUACGCGGAGUGUAUCCAAUACUAUUAUUUUUUAUUUGAGAUCAGUUCAUUGAUUUUUUUGUUAAAAUGACUUUUUAUUGGAUAAUUUACAAAUGUACAUGUAUGUAAGAAAAUGCCAAUAUUAUCAACAAGGGGGCACUUGUACACUGUUCUCUGGACUAGGCAACAAUACAUCAUACAUAUACACCAACAUGAUCAAUGUCAUCAUCUGAACCUUUUACAGUCUUAUGACAUGUACAGAAUACCACUAAAAAUAGUAUACACAUGUACAUGUAUUUAUGCUUUUCAUAGUGGAAAAUGUGUGCUAUUCUGGAAGGCCAUGAGGGAGCUGUUAAUUCUGUGGCUGUUGUGACUAUACAAGUGUCCAACAACAAUGCUGAUAUGAAAACAGUCAUCGUUUCAGCAUCUGCUGACUCAUCUGUUAGAAUAUGGGAAAGAAGAGGAUCUGGAGGUAUGAUCACAUUAUGAAGGUUUGACCUACAUGUAGCCUGUAAAACAGGCACCAUUUUUUUGCAUUCUUUCGACAGGGAAGGCCCUCUCUUUUCAUGCAUGGUCUCUCACUCCAUGCCUACUUCUUACUUCGUUUGCUGGAAAAACUCCAAAAAAAGCCUCUGUUGUGCAGGCAGCUAGUUUAUAGAUCUUACUUGCUGGGAGUUGCAUGCUUCUUAAUCAGAAUAAACAUAAUGUGCAUUAUACUCUUUCUACUGUGGUUAACUUCCAUGCAAUUAUUUAAAUGUAUUUUGCAGAUAAGUUUACUUGUUUACAGACACUUUCUUUUGGCAAAGGAUUUAUACUAGCAGUGGCAGUUUCUAUUCUUCCUGGAACAGUUGGUAAGACAGUACACAAUCAUGUACUUGCACUCUGUAAUAUUAUCAAACAUUCUGUCAGUUAUGAAAUAAUUUUUCUUUUCAGAAUUGACAAAUUUUGUCUCUGCUACAGGUUGAUUCUAAUUUCCAUGACGUUUGUCUUCUGGCCCUAAAAGACAAAGGAAUUGUAAAUCAACCUACAGCUGUAGGUUAUAUCAAAAUUGACCUGAAAUAAAAUUUGACCUGUAACAUACACAACAUGUAUAACAUUAUGUACAACAUUAUAUUAUCGUUACUAUUAUUUUGUUGUUGUUUAGUUCCAGUAAUUGCAUGUGGGGGAGAAGACAGCAAAGUUCACCUGUUCACACAAAAAUAUGAUAAGGUACCUGUUUUGUGAACCUUAGAGACAAUGGAAUUAAUGUUUAUUUUAACUGUAAAUACCUGGUACAGGUUAUGUAAUUAUGAUGGCCCACGUUUAUAAUUUGUUCACAAAGACAAGCUGGUGCAUGUUUACUGGCAUGAUCAUUUAUCAGUUAACUUAAAAUCAUACCAUAAAAAUUAAUGAUGAUAUUACAGCGGCAAGAAGAAGUAAAAUCCUGCUUUACGCCCCUCAAACCCCGCUUAAGGGACACCCACUUAGACACCUCAUUAUUACAGACAGUGCACUUACAGCCUUACAAUUACAUUCUAUAUUAUUGUACAUGUUUAAAAUGGACACCCCAGCCCACUAAUAUGGUCCCCUUAGUGUCCAUGUUAACGGGGUUCAACUGCACAUCACAGAUCAAAUUUAAUAAUUAUAAUUAAUUAUAAUGAUAAUAAUAAUGAUUUUUUUAUUAUAGUUAUAAUGAAAAUAACAAUGACAAAAAUGUAGAGAAUGAUAAUGUUAAGAAUAAAAAAUGUGAUCACCAUUACAGACUAUAUAAAAAUGUAUUAUAAUUUAAGAAUUGUGCACUGGAGGGUCCAUUUAAUUAUGUCUGUUUUAACUUGAGUACAAUUAUUAAUAAUUAUUCUUUCCCCGUCAUUUUGGCGUAGUUUGUAAAAGUUCAGAGCUUAUUGGGACACGAAGAUUGGAUAAGAGGUGUUGAGUUUACAAAAGAAGGUUAGUGACAUGGCUGCUCUGAUAUCAGGGUUAAAAACUAAAAAUUAUUUUGGAGCACUCGCCAACUAGGCGAGUGACAUUCAAAUUGUCCUCGCCCAGUCUCCUCUGUAAAGAAAAAAACAUCGACAACAAAAAACAACAACACUCACUACAUAGAAGUUCACUCACCAUUGUGCCCUUAAACGGACCUUAAUUCCAAACAAAUAGGAAACAGCAGCGAACUUACCUCAAGCAGAAGUGUUGAAAAUAGAGCGAUAUAGUUACAUUGUAUACUGUUUCUUUGUUAGAUGCACUGUUUGUUGAAAACUCCCAGAAGUGUCAAAUCCCCCAGCCUCCCUCCUAUCCACCUGCCGUCUUAAAAAUUAGCAACAGCCCUGCAUUGCCUUUAUUGGCUUGAAUUUUAAUCCAGAGUUACAUCUAUGUACAUGUACAUUUACUACAGAUGGAAAGACUUCUUUUUCUCUUUUCAGAUCGUGGUGACCUUCUUCUUGCAAGCUGUGCUCAGGAUACAUUCAUACGAAUCUGGAGAGUUUCUUCUGAUAACAAAGUACAAGAAGCUGAACCUGAAAUCUUGUGUGAUAAGAUGCCUGAACUAAAACUGACAUCUAAUAUUUUCUCUGUUGCUGAUAAAGGUGUGAUAACUAAUACAGUAUUUUAAUAAUUUAGCACAGUAUACAGUGUACAUAUAUUCAAUAUGUUUAUAAUAAUUUUUCAUUAUUGUCUAGUUGUCACUCAAGAUAACUUAUAUUUACAGCAGUUUUCUUAAACUAAUGAACUUUUAAUUGAUAGGAUUAGAAAGAGAAUUUUCAGUAGUGUUGGAAUCAGUAUUAACAGGACAUGAAGGCUGGAUUUAUGGUGUUCAUUGGCAUCCUUUUGUCAGGAAAGGUAACUAAACCCUCUGAUGUACUGAUUAUUAAUAAAUAUUUAUUAGAAAUUGCCACUCAGUCAAAAUUUUUUGACAUUGUUUUGCCCCUUUUUUCUACAAAUUAUUUCUGAUGGGUAUCUGACAUAGAACCAUUCAAAAUCCGAGGUGUUUUGGAAUUAAAUGGCAUCACGCAAUUAUCACUUAGUAUACAUGACACUUUUCAAAUUAAAUUCCAAUGUAAUAGUCCCAUCAAAGUUUUCAAUGUUUUAUUUUUAAAACACAUCACAUAGUAUGCAAUUAUAAUUAUAUAAGACAGUAUUGUUGAAAAUACUUAUAUUGAUUUACAACAGUAGCAGAAUCUAAAUGUUUUAAGUUUCCUGGCAUAUUAUUACUACUUCUAAGAGUGCUUUUAGCUUUUUUCCUUGGCAUUUGUUUUAGUCUGUUUUGUAAUCCUUUGUGUGGUACAUGUACAUUUAUAUUGAAAUUUGUCGUUAUUUAUUAUUAAUCAUAUUUUGAUGUCAGAUGAUGGAUCCAUCACACAGCCAAUGUCACUGCUCACAGCAUCAAUGGAUAAAACAUUAAUAGUCUGGACUCCAGAAGAGGACUCUGGUGUGUGGUUAGAAAAGGUACAAUUUUUGUAUAAUUCUAGAGCAUGAUGAGGGAAGCAUAACCCACUGAAAGCUGGAAAACACAUACAUGUACAGUUUUUAAAAUAAAACCAAAUUUUUGCUUAUCAAAAUGUAGUUAGCAUUGCCACCACAACUUAGUGCCCCAAUGCUUGUAUGACCAUGGCCAUGUACAUGUGUAUGCGGGCUGCCCUGCAAUAUAAAGGUGUCCAUUAGCAAAGUUUCUGCUCUUAAAUACCGGAUGUACAUGUAGUAUGAUUGCUGACCAAGAUAAUUGGUAAUAAAGAAUACAUAUAUGGCUGAAUCCACAAUUGGGCAAGAUAAGAAAAUCCCAUGUUCUGAUUGGCUACGUACCCAAGUGGGAAAGAUGGACCAUCUUGUCAGGAUUUCCUGCAUUGGUCCCGGAAGAAAAAGUUCACUUUUUCGCUAUAAAUUUAUGAUAAACCCUUUAUUUACCAAGCUUUGAUUUUUGGCUAAGAUGGCUGCAUGACCUUGGCUUCAAUCUUUUGGUUCAUAAAAAUGCAAAAAAAUCAGUGAAUAAAUCAAUGAAUAAAUAAAUAAUUAAAAUAAUAAUACUAAAAUGUAACUUGGCUAGCCAUCUUGACCAAAAAAAGCUUGCUCAAUAAGCCCCAUAUGGUAACUCAUCACCAGACAUAAGAAAGAAAGCAGCUUUCUGAAUAAAGGGGACAAUGUGAAAAAUCUUCCCAGCGAGGAAUGUCCACUGAUUUAAUAAAUGGAUGAUACUAGUAGACUGUGAAAAAAUUAACAAACCUUACAAUGUAGUUUCAACAAUGUAUAACUUUUAAUUCGCUGUAGGUUCGUGUUGGUGAGGUUGGUGGUACCACUCUUGGCUUUUAUGGUGGUGUGUUUAGUCCUGAUGGUCACUCUAUCUUGGGUCAUGGCUACCAAGGAGCAUUUCAUUUAUGGAACAAUGUCACUCAUGAGGUACAAUAAGUGUACUUGUAUGUUGAUUAAUCGAUUAGCAUGGUAAUUUCAGUGUUAGUGGAGUGAACAAAUAUUUAUCAGAAGUGACUUUGAAUUUUUCAAAGUUUUGUCUUCGUUUGAAUUCGGUUCUAGAAUGCAUCAGUGUACUUCUAUAAAGUGGUGCAAGACUGGUUGUAAUUUUUGAACUUGUUGCUAAUUGUUAGAGUGAGAGCAGAUGGGAACCUGGAGUAGCUGUCAGUGGACACUUUGGGCCAGUUCAGGUGUGGUGA